AUGAUCCGCCUCUUGAACGUUCACACCUUCGAGUUCCAGGAGUUCCACUCCAGCGACGUCCCGCAGUGCAUCAUCACGUCGCACAGAUGGGUGGCGGGCCAUGAAGCUUCAUACAAGGACAUCCUCAAGCGGCGCAACACGCACAACACUGGAUACCGGAAAAUCCAACUCUUCGCGAAGUUUAUAAGGAGCAAGAUCCCUGGCAUGGACUGGAUGUGGAUCGAUACAUGCUGCAUCCAGCAGGAUAGCAGCCAGGAAGUUUCAGAAGCCAUCAACUCGAUGUUGAAGUGGUAUCGCAACGCGGUGAUGUGCCUUGCGUACCUAGCUGAUGUUCACGAUCCCUAUGCCCAGCGUAGCUUCGCGCGCAGUGGGUGGUUUAGACGUGGCUGGACAUUGCAGGAAUUGCUUGCUCCUCAGCACGUUGUGUUCAUCACGUCGAAUGGAAUUGCUAUUGGCGCCAAGACAACGAUACAGGGCAGCUGCGUGCUCACGAGUCGAUCGCUGCAUAAAAAAGUACAGUCGAUCACUGGGAUCCCAGAGAAUUUACUGCUAGGAUACAGCCGGAGCGAAGGUGUGAGUGUAGAGGAAAGGCUUGCGUGGAUGGCUAAUCGACAAACGACCCGCGAGGAAGAUGAAUCGUAUUGUUUGCUGGGCCUACUGGGCGUCAAUGUGUCCGUCAGAUAUGGCGAAGGCAGAGAGGAAGCCAGAAAGCGCCUUCUCAGGAAGGUGAAGAAGGCUACUGGUGAUACUGCCACAACUCAGCACUAUGAAGUUCAAGUGCAAGCUACCACGGGCGACUGGUGGAAGCUGAAUAUGAGCGUGCUCAUGGGUUUCCACAGCCACGAGCGGUGGGCCCAGCGCAUCCACUUCCACCUCCAUGGUCGUUAA